UCCGGUCUCGCCGCGCAGCUGCAGGGGUUGAACUUCCCGCCGGGUCCCUGCUGGGCCACGGCGAUGCUGCAGGUCCUGGCGCGGCUGUGAGGGGACGAAAGCGUCCCAGGUCUCUCCACCGUUGUUGACGGCUUCGCGCCCAGGACCGCCAUGUCCACGGGGUUCUCCUUUGGGUCCGGGGCGCUGGGCUCCACCACCGUGGCCCCUGGAGGGACCGGCACGGGCAGCGGGUUCUCCUUUGGGACCGGCACGUCUAGCACGCCUUCUGUGGGACUCAACUUUGGAACCCUCGGAAGCUCUGCCACCCCAGCAUCUACAUCUGCUUCUACCAGUGGUUUUGGAACAGGACUCUUUGGAGCUAAGCCUUCCACUGGCUUCACUCUAGGAGGAACAAGUUCAGGAACACCAGCUACUACAUCUGCAUCUACAACAGGCUUCAGUUUAGGAUUCAGUAAACCUGCAGCAUCUGCCACACCAUUUACCCUGCCUGGCACUUCUACCUCAGCGAGUGGGCUCACUCUUUCAUCUGCUCUGACAUCCACUCCAGCAGCAUCCACAGGAUUUACUCUAAAUAAUUUGGGAACAACACCAGCCACAACUACAACAGCAUCAACAGGGCUUUCUUUAGGGGGAGCCUUAGCUGGUUUGGGAGGCUCACUUUUCCAGAGUGCAAACACAGCAACAUCGGGCCUCGGACAGAAUGCUUUAAGCUUAUCUUUGGGAACUACGGCACCUGUUUCAACUGCAGGCAACGAAGGCCUUGGUGGUAUAGAUUUUAGCACCUCCUCAGAUAAAAAGAGUGAUAAAACAGGAACAAGGCCAGAGGAUAGUAAAGCACUGAAGGACGAGAAUCUGCCUCCUGUCAUCUGUCAGGAUGUUGAAAAUCUCCAGAAAUUUGUCAAAGAACAAAAACAAGUCCAAGAAGAAAUUAGUCGAAUGUCUUCCAAAGCGAUGCUUAAAGUCCAGGAAGACAUCAAGGCUCUGAAGCAGCUUCUGUCGUUGGCUGCCAGUGGGCUGCAGAGGAAUACCCUCAAUAUUGACAAACUGAAGUUAGAAACAGCUCAGGAGUUAAAGAAUGCUGAAAUAGCUUUAAGAACCCAGAAAACACCUCCUGGACUUCAACAUGAAAAUACAGCUCCUGCUGACUACUUCAGAGUCUUGGUUCAGCAGUUUGAAGUACAGCUUCAGCAGUACAGGCAGCAGAUUGAAGAACUAGAAAAUCAUCUUGCCACUCAAGCAAACAAUUCGCAUAUAACCCCUCAAGAUUUAUCGAUGGCUAUGCAGAAAAUUUAUCAAACAUUUGUAGCUUUAGCUGCACAACUUCAGUCUAUUCAUGAAAAUGUCAAGGUGCUUAAAGAACAGUACCUUAGCUACAGAAAAAUGUUUUUGGGUGAUGCAGUAGAUGUGUUUGAAGCCAGGAGAACAGAAGCCAAGAAGUGGCAGAAUGCACCCAGAGUUACUACUGGACCUACUCCCUUCAGCACCAUGCCAAAUGCGGCAGCCGUUGCCAUGGCUGCAACACUUACACAGCAGCAACAGCCUGCUACAGGGCCACAGCCAUCUCUGGGAGUUAGUUUUGGAACGCCAUUCGGCUCAGGUAUUGGCACUGGCUUGCAAUCAAGUGGCUUAGGUUCUUCAAACCUUGGAGGAUUUGGAGCUAGCUCUGGUUUCGGAUGCGGCACCACAGGGGCCUCCACAUUUGGAUUUGGAACAACAGAUAAACCCUCAGGAAGUCUUAGUGCAGGCUUUGGCAGCUCAAGUACGUCUGGGUUUAACUUCAGCAAUCCUGGCAUCACGGCAUCAGCUGGUUUGACAUUUGGGGUGUCCAAUCCUGCCUCUGCAGGGUUUGGAACAGGAGGACAACUCCUUCAGUUGAAGAGACCUCCAGCUGGAAACAAAAGAGGAAAGAGAUAAACAUGCGGGUCGAUGUGUUGGGAAUGCUUAGCAGGCGCCGCUCAUUCUAUGAUUCUAUUUUUCUAAUGAUGUAGUAAUUGAACUGCAUCUCGGGAGAUUUAUAACGUUUUGAUAUUCUUACUCUGGAAAUUGAACUUUGUUUACCUUACCAACAUCUUUCUUGUGAAUUCAAAAUCCAGUUGCAGUUUUGUUGCUAUUAUUUUUGACUCUCCAUGUAAGAAAUAUUGUGAUUAAAUUACUGAUUGAUAGCGGUUAAAAAAAACCAUCAACCUAUGAUUUAUUCUAGUGUUAAUAGCAAUGUUUUUAUGGCUAAGGUUUAUGCUGUGAAUACAUGCACAUUGAUUUCUUAUGCAGAUUGUAUGAACUCCAGGGCUUUUGGUAGAAGUAGUUUGUUCCUUGACAAGGCCUUUAGAACUGUGCUGCAGGGCAUUUUGUGGAUAUGUAUGUAAUUAUAUAUAGCAUAAUGCACACAACGUGUGUGCACAUGAAAUAUAUAUUUACACACCUACAACUCUUGCCUCAGACUGUUCUCCAUUUCUAGUGUGCUCAGUUACUCAUUUUAUGCUUUAGACUCUCAGUGCUGUCGGAGGAGCUCGGGGUAUCUUGUCAUUUCGUUUGUUCACUGGAAGUGACUAUCGGCAUACAUGUUUACUCCAUUCAACUUUAUUUAUAUUUUGACCCUUAGUAGUUACUCCAACUGAGGAAUGCUCUAAGGUUCAUCAAAAAGAUUUUAGAAACCUUUAUUAUCCUAUAUAUUCUCAUGGUACUACUAUGGAAUCUUUUGUCAUAGAUGAGAUGGACUUUAAGGAGUGUAUGUGAACUCCAGACUCAUGCUCUGGGGCAAAGAGCUAUUAAGCCAAAUUGAAUCUAUGCAGGUAAAGGAUGCAAUGUUAAUUGAGUGAGAACUUGUUUAGCUUUUCCAAUACAGAAUUCUUUUUUAUAGGUCUAUUGAGAAACCAAAUGAGGUGGCUUCUCAGCCUCUUAAUAUCUUGAGUGCUUAAUUUGGACUAGAGAAACUGCAUUUUAGGAUAAGUCAUUGUAGCAACCGUAAACUUCCUGGUUUCAAGAGUGGGUAGAGUUCCAGGGAGUGCCACACAAGUAUGUUAGGUUGUGUCUGUGUGACCUCUGUCUGUGCCACCAUCUGGUGUUGAGUGAGUGGAGAGGGAAUUGCUAUAGGACCAUGUCAGCAUGAAAUGUCUCUCAAUAGUUUUCAGGUAUAAGGAAAACAUGAAUUGCACAAGAAUAGUUUAAAUUUUUAUGUAGAACAUUUCAUACAUAAUGCUCAUCAGUGAAUAUUUUAGAAUCAUUUUUCACCAAGGCACCUUUUUUCUAAAAUAGGUGUGGUGUAUAUAGAUGCAUAUAUACACAUAUAUUUUUAGUAUAAUGUUAGUUGGGUUUGAAGUAUUGUUGGUCUGUUUUAUUUAUCUGCAUAUAACUGAUUGGCAUUCCUGAAUUCAAUAUUUGCAUCUUGAUGUAUUAACAUAAGGAGAGCUAUCUGUCUCUGAGUACUAAACUUGUUUUUAUUUGUAUAUUUUUGUAAUUCUGCAAUCCUCAGUCUAGAUUACAGGGGAGGAUAGGAAAAAGGUGUACUUUGACAUUUUAAAUUACUGUUCAGUUACAUAUACCAUUACAAAAAUAAUACUGCUUUGUUGUUUUUUAAGGACAUUGUAAUGUGCUGCAAAUACCUGAAUAUUUAUAUUUCUCUUUUUUUCUUUAUCUACAUUUUCAUGUGUUGAACCACUGGAGACUUGUAGCGUUCAUUUGUGGCAGGAGUCGGUGUUGUCCUUGUCUCCUUUGUCUUCACCUUGUCCAGAGCCUGUAUGGAAACAAUAAAAUUGUGCUAGCUGCUUUAAA